AUGGAAGCACUGCAGGUUCCAUAUGCUAUUCUAGGUUGGAGUGUCAGCACACUUGUGGUAGGAUGGCUGCUGCACUGGGUGUACAAGUGGAGGCACCCUCCGUGCAACGGCAAGCUUCCUCCUGGCUCAAUGGGGUUCCCUAUUGUAGGUGAGACCUUCCAGUUCUUCCGACCGAGCCCUUCCUUGGGUAUCCCAGUCUUUUACAAAGAAAGAUUGAACAGGUACGGUCCUGUGUUCAGGACGAGCCUGGUGGGGCAACCGGUGGUGGUGUCCCUGGACGCGGAGGUGAACCGGUUCAUCUUCCAGCAGGAGGGCAAGCUGUUCCGGAGCUGGUACCCGGACACCUCCAACAGCAUCUUCGGCAAGGAGAGCAUCAAUUCCUACGACGGCAUCCUGCACCGCUACGUCCGCGGCCUUGCCGCACGCGACUUCGGCCUCAACAACCUCAAGGGGCCCUUCCUCACGGAGAUGGCCGACGUCGUCGCCACCAGCCUCCAAGCAUGGGCGGCACAGCCCAGCAUCGAGGUCAAGGAGGCCAUCUCAAAUAUGAUCUUUGACAUGACGGCAAAGAAGCUGAUCGGUGUUGACGUUGCAAGGGCUAGAGAAUUGCGGAAGAAUUACGAAUCAUUUUUCCAGGGACUAAUCGCCUUUCCGUUGUAUGUUCCUGGGACAACAUUCUACCGAUGCAUGCAGGGAAGGAAAAAGGUGCAGAGUGUUCUCAAAGAACUUCUGAAGGAAAGGCUAAGUGCCCCGGAGAAACGGCAUGGAGACCUUCUUGACAUAGUUGUUGAUGAUCUGCAAAGUGAAAAGCCAGUGGCGACUGAUAAGUUUGCAAUUGACGCAAUCGCAGCACUCCUAUUUGCCAGCUUUGCCACUAUUGCUUCAACCCUCUCUGUUGCCAUGAAGUUCCUUACUGACAACCCCAAAGUUGUCGAAGCACUCACGGAAGAGCACGAGACAAUACUGAAGAAACGAGAGGGCGUGAAUUCUUCAAUCACAUGGGAUGAGUACAAGUCCAUGACGUUUACUGCUCAGGUUAUGAAUGAGAUAACUCGAGUGGGUAACGUGGCUCCUGGGAUUUUCAGAAAGUCUCUCAAGGAUGUCCAAGUGAAUGGCUAUACAAUUCCUGCUGGCUGGUUGGUCAUGAUCAGCCCAAUGGCAGUUCAUCUGAACCCUAGAUUAUUUGAAGAUCCACUCACCUUCAACCCAUGGAGGUGGCAGGACAAUAAGAGCACUCUGCUGAGAAAUUUCAUGCCAUUUGGGGGCGGCAUAAGGCUCUGCGUUGGGGCAGAGUUCAGCAAAGUCCUGAUCGCGCUUUUCAUCCACACCUUGGUGACCAAUUAUAGAUGGAGGGAAGUCAAAGGAGGUGAUGUGCUACGCAUCUCAGAGAUUGUGUUUCCACAAGGCUACCACAUCCAGCUGCUUCCUAGGACCUGA